AUGGGCGGCGGUGUAUCAUCUCUCCCGGCGGAGGUCUCACUUGCCGAGGCAAAAGAGCUGGCGGGCGCCAAGUGGCAGCCCGCCUGGGAGGAGAAGUUCGCGGAAGCCAAGAUCUCUAAGGACGAGGCGCUGCGAUGCUGGACGGAGGCCAGCAGGGGCGCGGACGGCCCGGCGAGCAAGGGCGCGGGGCCGCCGGACGAGAGGAAGAAGAAGAAGUCCGCCACCGCGAAAGCGCUAUGGAAGAAGGGCGUCGCGAAGGUGGGCUGGAUCGCGCACGCGAAGGCGCGGGCGGCGGCCGUCGAGCGCGCCCAAAGGGCAGGCAUUUCGGAGCAGCUCUACGAGAAGCUCCACGGCGUCGACCGCUCUGGCGUGGCGGAAGCGCUGGACUUUUCGGCCAUAAUAGCCGAGAAACGCGGGCAGCACCUGCCCGGCACGCGCGAGUGGGUCUUCGAGGCGGUCAUGCGCUGGCGCACGGAUCCGGAAGCGGCGAAGCUCUUCUGGCUCGUCGGCGGCGGCGGCACGGGCAAGAGCGUCGCCGCGGCCGAGUUGCUGGCACGACUGCUCGACAAAGAAAACGUCGCGGCGUGGCACUUCUGCAAGCACACCGAGCCGGCGCGGUCCGCUCCAGCGGCGCUGUUGCGCUCCUUAGCCGGCAUGCUUUGCGCAACGGUCGAGGGCUUCGAAGACGCCCUGCGCGAGGGCGGCGGCGGCGACAACGCGACGGACAAGGUCGACGAGCUCUUCCAGGCGCUGAUCGCCGAGCCGCUGCAAAACGUCGAGGCACCCCGCGACGCGGACGAUGCUCUGGUGUUGAUAGUCGACGCGCUCGAUGAGCUACCGCGCGACGCUUUGCAGCCCGUGCUCUCUCUGCUCGCGAACGAGCUCAAGACGCUGCCGCCGUGGAUCAAACUUGUCGUGACAAGCCGCGACGAAGCUCAAAUUAAAGCGAGGCUCUCGUGUUUUACGCCGUCAGAGCUGCGAGUCGACGAGGCGCGGAACCGGCAGGACGUGAGGGCGUACCUGACGGUACUCGCGAAGGAGCACGUCGAGCUCGAGGUAACGAUGGAGUCGCUACGGCACGAGGUCGAGGCGAAGUUCCCAGGCCUGAAGAAUCUCGACACGUUCACGGAUCUAGAGGACCCGCUGCGCCGGUCGAAGGGCGCGUACGACGAGGCGGUCCGCGGCGUCGCCGGGAUCCGCGAGCUCGAGAAGUAUGAAGAGCGACGUCUCGACUUGAUACAAGACGAGACUGACUUCGACAAGCUCUACGCCGACGCAUCGCUGGCGCAGACAAUUUUAGUCGAUGCGCUGAAGACGCUGCCGGGCGACGUUUCGGAUCCGGGCGUGAAAGGGCGUGGAUCCGCAGAAAGGAAGCUCGCGGACAAGUACACCGACAAGAAUGGGGUGCCACAUCCCGAGAAGUUUCGGGAUCUAGCCCGCGCGACAGUCCUGUUCGAGAAUGCAGCCGACCUACUGAAGGUGCUGACUGAAUUGGACGGCGGCGGCCUUGGGCUGGAGAUCGCGCAAUUGAAAAACAAGUUUGCCAGCCCGACGCCGCUAGGCUACCGCGACAUGAAUUUGAACGUCAGCGUGCGCCUCGAGGACGGCCGAAAACAUCUCGCCGAGGUUCAGCUGAAUUUAAGGAGUGUCGCGGACGCGAAACAUAUCGCCCACGAGCAAUACGAAGUUAUUCGGCUCGCGUUGCCGAAGAUGUGCGAGGGAACGAGCGUCAAGGCGACCGAGCUUGAGACGUUCAUCGCCGAGCGCCUCAACUCGUCGGCGCUCGACGCGGCUGUCACUUCGCUCGAGCGGAAAGCUGGCGGGCUCAUGCUCUACGCGCGCCUCAUCGCGGACCAGCUCGCGUCCACGACGGGCAAGAUCGACUUUGCGAGCGUCGGCGCGCUGCCGGCGGGCCUCGACGAGAUCUACGCGGAGAACUUUCGACGCGUGUUUGUCGGUGAUGAUGCCUGGCGCGACGCGCUGCCGCUCAUAGAAUUAAUCUGCGCUGCUGCAGAGCCGUUGACAAUUGACGCUGCGAGUGGGGCACUCGGCUGGGAUCGGGCUCGAUGCGAGCGUCUCUGUGCUGAGGUAUCGCUGCUGUUCCCGCUCCGCGAGGGCGAGGUGAUUGGUGUGUUACAUAAGACCGUGACGGACUGGCUGACGGGCGAGGCGCCCUUCGAUAAGCGCUGUUCUGAGGACGCGUUCUUCGUCGCGCGGGACGCGGCGCACCGGCGACUGGCGCGGGCGUGUGCUCGGGCGGUUCGUGCUGGGGUUCUGGAUACGGAGUCGCACUCGAGCGACGCGGCUGCUGAUGCAACGCUCGUUUCAUUCGUCGAUGGCGAGAGCGGCGUGGCGGCGGAUGCAUAUGCGUUGCGCUGGUGUUUGUUUCACAUGAAACGGUCUUGUUCUGAGGGCGAGGCCGUCGCGGUCGCAUGCAGCCUGUCGUACGUGCGGAAGCGGAGCGACUGCGACAUUGUUUCCUUCGUGGCGGACUUGCGUGCUCUGAAGGGCCAGGAUACACUGCUGCUGUCCGAUGGAUUGGUGUUGUCGCGGAACUUGCUAUCACGGGGAGUGCCUCUCAUAGAGCAGCUGUGGCAGCGGCUGGUACCUCGGGCGGAUGCCGAGUCGGCCGCGGGUCGCCUGGCCGAGGAUUUGCGGCGAGUCGCGAGCAAGCUGCCGCUCUCGGCCGUGAGGCCGAUGGGCUUGACGGUGGCGGGUGGGGCGGAGCGGUGUCGGAUCGAGGCUUCGGCUGAAUGCUUGGCGACGUUCGUGGAUCCGGCGACGGGAGAGCCGCGGGUUGCUUGCGCGUCUGGAAACGAGGUGAAAAUCUAUGAUCCGGUCGCGGGUGGCGCGGCGUUGGUCGUGAUUGAUGUGGGCUCUUCUUUGGUGGUGAACCGCGAGUCCAUGGCGGUCUUCAACGACCCGGCGACGGGUGAGCCGCGUUUGGCUUGUGGAUGCUCAUACAGCGGCAGCGGAAAUAUAUACUACGACGUGCGUAUUUUCGACCCGCUCGCGGGCGGCGAGGCGCUGCUCGUGCUCGACGUGGGCUCUUGGGUGUAUGCGCUGGCGGUCUUCGCAGAUCCGGAGACGGGCGCGCCGCGGCUCGCUUGCGGCACCGCUAGGGGGAAGAUUUAUAUCUUCAACCCAAUCUCGGGUGGCGAUGCGCUGCUCGUUCUAACAGACAGGUACACUCGCGCGAUGGAAGUCUUCGAGGACCCGGCGACCGGCGCGCCACGGCUCGCUUGCGCGUCGGGAGAGAAGGUGCUUGUCUUGGACCCGGUCGCGGGCGGCGAGGCCCUGCUCGUGCUAGAUAUUGGCUCUGAAGUGGAGACAUGGGCGCUGGCGGUCUUCAGGGAUCCAGCGACGGGCGCGCCGAGGCUCGCGUGCGGCGGCGUAAUGGACGGUGAUGACGUGUGCGAGGUGCGCGUCUUCGAUGCGGUUUCUGGCGGCGACGCGCUGCUCAUGCUCGAUGCGGGCUGUCAGGUGAAUGCAUUGAUCGUAUUUAAAGACCUGGCGACGGGCGCGCUGAGGCUUGCGAGCGGGUCAGACGACGGAAAGGUGCGUGUCUUCGACCCGGCCGCGGGCGGCGAGGCGCUGGUCAUGCUCGAGGGACACACAUCCGGAGUGGAGGCUUUGACAGCCUUCACGGACCCGGCGACGGGCGAGCCGCGGCUCGUGAGCGGAUCGUGUGACGGAUGGAAUGUAUCCGGCAACGUCCGAGUCUGGAACCCGGCGGCGAGCAGCGCGGCGAUCGAGGCGGAGCCCGAGGGACACUCUAAGAUCGUUUUGACCCUGGUGACCUAUGUGGAUCCGGCGACGGGUGCGCUGCGGGUCGCGACCACGGCUGGCGACGAUGAGUACUACCGGAGCGACGGGACCAUUCGCGUGUGGGACGCGGAGACCGGCGAUGUGCUGCUCGUGAUCGACGUCGGCUCCGAGGUGAAAGCAUUGGUGGCCUUUGCGGACCCGGCGACGGGCGCGCCGCGGCUUGCUUGUGGAGUGAAUAUUGAAGACUCAGACUCAGACUCAGACUCGGAGCCUAUUGGAGAGGUGCGCGUCUUUGACGCGGUCGCUGGUGGUGAACCGCUGGUCGUGAUUGACGUUGGCUCGGACGUGCAUGCGCUGGCGUUCUUCACGGACCCGGCGACGGGCGCGCCGCGGCUUGCAUGCUUUGAUGAGGACGAUGAGGACGAUGAGGACGAUGAGGACGAUGAGGACGAUGAGGACGAUGAGGACGAUGAGGAAGUGGGCAAUGACGUGCGUGUCUUCGACCCGAUAGCGGGCGGUGCAGCAAUCGAGGAUUCCGGGGAGCUGCCAAAGGCUGUGCGUGAACGUUUGACUGGGGAAGUCCGGUUCGCAGAUCCGGCGACAGGAGCGCCGCGGCUCGCUGUGAUAACAGACGAAAAGGUAAGUAUUUUUGAUCCGGUCGCUGGCGGCGCGGCGCUGUUCGUGCUCGAGGGACACACGAAUGGAAUUAACGCAUUAACGGCCUUCGUGGACCCGGCAACGGGCGAGCCGCGGCUCGCGAGUGGGUCAUGGGACAAGACCUUGCGGUUGUGGGACGCGAGCAAGGGCGGUGCGGCGCUGCGAGUCAUUCCUUUUGAUGAUAAUGUUCGGGCUUUGGCCGCCAGGAGCGACAUGAGCGGGCUCUUUGUGGCUUUCGGGAAGCGAUGGGGAGAAUUGCGCAUAGAGAGCGGCACGACGCCACUGACGCUUGCGUGCUACAAGGGUGACGCCGACGCAAUAGUCGAUCUUCUUCAGCAGGGCACUGGCGUCGAUCACGAAGAUGAUGACGGCGAUACGCCGCUGUUCGUCGCGAGUUUGAAAGGGCACGUCGACGCCGCGCGCUUGCUGCUCGAUGCGGGUGCCGCGGUUGAUAAGAGGCGUGAGGGUGAUUGGUCGCCGUUUGGGAUUGCUUGUGCCCUUGGACACGUCGAUGUGGCGACGCUAUUGGUGGAGCGAGGCGCUGACUCCGCUGCAGUCAACAUGUGCGUUGGCGGAGCACCGCCACUUCUGUUUGCUUGCCGGCAACGGAAUCUCGACGCAAUGCGUUUAUGUGUUGUUCAUGGCGCCAAUGUGAACUUCGCGGACACUGCUGGCACCACAUUGCUCCACUUAGCCUGCGAGAACGGCCACAUCGACGCUGCGCGGCUGUUAGUGCAGCACGGCGCGGAUAUCAACGCGCAAAAGGAGAGCACGCACAUGGAGGAGGAGGACGAGGAGGAGGAGGAGGACGACGACGACGAGGGAGUGACUCCACUUAUCGUUGCCUGCAAGAACGGCCACUUCGAGGUGGCGCGGCUGUUGCUGGAGAAAGGCGCGGACGUUAAUUUGGCGGCGGGGGACGGUGCCAGACCAAAGGAGAGCGACGACUCGGACUCGGACUCGGACUCGGACUCGGACUCGGGAGUGACACCGCUCUACAUCGCCUGCUACAAAGGCUAUGUCGACGCGGCGCGGUUGCUGCUGGACAAAGGCGCGGAGGUCGAUCGGGGAGAUAAGCGAGGCAGGACGCCACUGGACAUUGCGAAACGCGAGGGACAUAAAGCAGUCGUCGCGCUGCUCGAGGCGUGGCUGCUGCUGGAAAAAGGUGCCAAGGUUGAUCAGGCGCUCUACAUGGCCUGCUUCAACGGCCACAUCGACGCGGCGCGACUCUGCUUGGAUAGCGGGGCGGAUAUUGACCUGGUGGCGGACGACGGUAAGACGCCGCUGUUCGUCGCCUGCUGGAAGGGCCACGUCGACACGGCGCGGCUGAUGCUGGAUAAUGGCGCGAAUAUAUAUCCUGUGACGAAGAAAUGUCAGACGCCACUGGAUAUCGCGCAGAAGAAUGGCCACUCGUCCAUCGUCGCGCUGCUCAGAGAACACAUUUCCUUGAAAUUCCCUCUGCACACUGCGACGAAGGCUGGUGAUCUCGAUGCGAUCACCCAGCUUCUGGACGACGGCGCCUCAGUCGACCAAGAUAGAGGGGACGGCGGGACGCCCUUAUUCGUAGCGUGCGAGGACGGCCACGUCGACGUGGCGCGGCUGUUGUUAGAUAAAGGCGCAGAGGUUGACCGGGCGAACAAGUACGGUGAGACGCCGCUGUACAUUGCCUUCUCGAACGGCCACGCCGACGUGGCCCGGCUGUUGCUGGUGCUCGGCGCCGAGAUUGACCGGGCGAGGGAGGACGGCGCGACGCCGCUGCUUGGCGCGUGCGAGAACGGCCACGCCAACCUGGCGCAACUGUUGUGGGAGCGCGGUGCCAGGAUCCAUCGGGCGAACAACAAUGGCGAGACGCCUCUGUACACCGCGUGUCGGAACGGCCACACCGACGCAGCGCGGCUCUUGCUGGUGCUCGGCGCGGAGGUCGAUCGGGCAAGCAAGGAAGGUGAGACGCCGCUGUACAUCGCCUGCCAAAACGGCCAUGUCGAUGCGGCGCAGCUGUUGCUGGAGCGCGGUGCAGAUAUCAAUAGGGCAAGGAAGGGCGGAGAUACGCCCCUGAUGAUCGCAUGCAACAAAGACCACGUUCACGUGGCGCGGCUGUUGCUGGAGAACGGCGCGGAGGUCGAUCGGGCGAGGGGGGACGGUUGGACGCCUCUGUACGCCGCGUGUACGCGGGACAGCGUCGAAGCGGCGCGGCUGUUGCUGGACAAAGGCGCGGAUGUCAACCGAGCGCAAAAGGACGGUCAGACACCACUAUUUGCCGCCUGCUUUAGCGGUCACGUCGAGGUGGCGCGGCUGUUGCUGGAAAAAGGCGCGGAGGUCGAUCGGGCGAAUGAGGACGGUGAGACGCCGCUGUACAUCGCCUGCUGGAAAGGCUAUGUCGAUGCGGCGCGGCUGCUGCUGGACAACAGCGCGGAGGUCAAUCGGGCGGAUAAGUGGGGCCAGACGCCGCCGUUUGUAGCCUGCUGGAGGGGCCACGUCGACGCGGCGCUGCUGUUGCUGGACAAGGGCGCGGAGUUCGACCGGGCGAAUGUUAACGGUGUGACGCCGCUGCUUGGCGCGAAGCAAAACCGCCACGCGUCCAUCGUCGCGCUUCUCAGGGAUCAUCUUUACCCGCUGCAGGAGUGCAUUCUCUGCAGAGAACCCGACGUCGACGCGAUGGCGCGGCUCCUGGACGGUGGCGCUGCGAUCGACCGGGCGGACGAGUACGGCUAUACGCCGCUGUACCUCGCCUGCCGGGAGGGCCACGUCGACGCGGCGCGGCUGCUGCUGGAGGAAGGCGCGGACGUCGAUGGGGCGCUGUCAGAGGGACCUUUUAAAGGCAAGACGCCGCUGAUCAUCGCGAAAGAAAACGGCUACUCGUCGGUCGUCGCGCUCCUCAAGGAGCAUAUUUACCGGCUGCACGCCGCGGCCAAGACCGGCGACGUCGACGCGAUGACGCAACUUAUCGACGACGGCGCCGCGGUCGACCAGACGAAGGAGGACGGUGCGACGCCGCUAUACAUCGCGUGCGAGACCGGCCACAUCGACGCGGCGCGGCUGCUGCUGGACAACGGCGCGGAGGUCGACCGGGCGAUGAAGGACGGUGAGACACCGCUGCUCAUCGCCUGCCAGAAGGGCCACGUCGACGCGGUGCAGCUGCUGCUGGACAAAGGUGCGGAGGUCGAUCGGGCGGUGCAGAGCGGCGCGACGCCGCUGUUCGUCGCCUGCCUGAAGGGCCACGUCGACGCUGCGCGGCUGCUGCUGGACAAUGGCGCAGAGGUCGACCGGGCGACGAAGAACGGCUCUACGCCGCUGCACGUUGCCUGCGGGGAGGGUCACGUCGACGUGGCGCGGCUGUUGCUGGAGAACGGCGCGGAGGUCGAUCGGGCGAGGGGGGACGGUUGGACGCCUCUGUACGCCGCGUGUACGCGGGACAGCGUCGACGCGGCGCGGCUGUUGCUGGACAAAGGCGCGGAUGUCAACCGAGCGCAAAAGGACGGUCAGACACCACUAUUUGCCGCCUGCUUUAACGGUCACGUCGAGGUGGCGCGGCUGUUGCUGGAGAACGGCGCGGAGGUCGAUCGGGCGACGAAGAAAGGCGCGACGCCGCUGUACGUCGCCUGCUGGAAAGGCCACGUCAACGCGGCGCGGCUGUUACUAGAUAACGGCGCGGAGAUUGAUCAAGCAAGGGACGGUAUGACGCCGCUAUAUAUCGCGUGUGAGAAGGGCCACAUUGACGCGGCGAGACUGCUGCUGGACAAAGGCGCGGAGGUCGACCGGGCGACGAAGAAGGGCACGACGCCGCUGGGCAUCGCGCAGAAGAAAGGCCACUCGUCCAUCGUCUCGCUCCUCGAGGAGCAUCAGAAGUGA